UCAUACCAACACGGUCGCCAUUACGAUUUUCCUUGCUUCGCGAGUGUCGCGGAUUGUUCGCGUACGGGGAUCAGCAGCAAAAUAGCGAAUGUCGCGAGGUCGCGAGUGCCCGUGCCGUGCCGUGGAAUAAAACUACCGUUCUCGAGUGCAGUUGGGGGUGCAAGUGCUAAUUGGCCGAAAAUUGUGGGAAUAUGCUGAGCCCAAAUUGGCAAAUUAGUGCGUCAUCGUCGAAGAAGCAGCGAAGUGAAAAAGAGCAACCGAAUUGGUGCAAAAGUGCCAGAAGUGAAUCUCGCAUCAUCCGGAAGAAAAUGCGACCCUAAAAAGUAACGCCGUGAUGAAACCAGUGGAAAAGUGCGCUACGAUGAAGCCCGGCCCCGAAAGUGGCCAGAAAAUAGUGUCGGACAGUGCGGGAAAAGAGUGCGAUAAAUAUUGUACGCCGCAGAAGGCGAAGAAAGAGGAAGAAAAGUUCAGUGGCAGCAGCAGCAAUAAUAAUAGUGUUUUUGGUGGCGCAGCGAAAACAACGGAAGUGGCCACCGCAAACCACAGUGGUCGGGCGGUGAAACCAGCAAACUUAUCGGCCGUGUUGUCCUCGUCCUCGUCCGGUGGUUGUGGGGUUGGCCCGUAUUCGGUGGCCACUACGGUAGAAACAGCAACGAAGAAGACGAUGGUAGUGGUGGAAGCGGCAGGAAGUGGGGGUGGUGGGCCAGAAACGGAGGCGGCAGCGGCGGCAACACAGGCUCUAUCACAGAAGGGUGAAAAGGCGUCGAAAAAUCACGUAGACACUAGCAGUAGCAGCGGCAGCAGUAGCGCUAGUGGCAGUGCCGCCGCGAAAACGACGACGACGUCUUUCUCUAAAAAUAAUGACAAAUGUGACACACCGGCGAAGGAUAUCAUCGUGUCAUCUUCGUCCCGAGCUGAUAAUGAACCGUCUCGAAGUCACAAGAAAAAGAAAAGCAAGGACAAAGAUCGAGAUCGUGAGAAGGAACACAAAAAGCGACGUCAUUCGAGCGAUCACAGCGGUGCUGUUAGCAGCACUAGUAGUUCGACCCUCCAUGCGAGUUCGACAUCAGCUCCCAGAGACAAAUCGACAAACAACCAAAACAAAGAAAACCAACACCACCAUCAUGGGCUACCGCACAGCAAAGUGGACCGACCGGACAAGAUAGUCGUUCCGGUGGACUUUCAGAUCAAACAGGAACUCUCAAUCGAGACUAGCUCCAUCGGAGUGCCGGUUCCGGCCGUAGCGGCAGCUGCAGCGGCCGCCGUAACCGGAACUCCAAUCUCCCCGAUUAAUUUGCUGUUGAAUCUGGAACGGAACAACAGCGAAAGCAGCACCAUCAAAAAACAGGAGGUCUUCAUCAAGAAGGAGUAUAAACCAUUGAAACCGGAGAAGUCCCGGGAGGACGUUUCGCGGACGUUGAACUUUGGCGAGGGCAAUGGCCCCGUCAGUUCCAGCACCGGCGGCAGUAAUGGCAACAACACCAGUGCUAUCGGCAGUACAACUAACUUAACUAGUAAUAAGAACUCAAACAUAUUGAUAAAAAUCGAAUCACCUAAAAACACGGACGCGGACAAGUCAACCGUGGUGAAGAAGGAACUUCUUUCGGACAUCGGAAUGACUCCGGAAAAGCUGGUCAAUGGUGGUUCGGCAGCAGCGACAACAUUAACUCUAAAACAGGAACCCAUUACGUUUGAGAAAAGUACCUCCCAUGACCACCACAGUGGUCACAAAUCGUCGUCCUCUCAGCUCGGGAGCAGCUGCAGCAGUAGCAAGCUUUCCAGUUCCUCUUCGUCCACUUCGGUGCACAAGAGCAGCAGCAGUAGUAGCAGUAGGGAAUGUUCCCGUUGCUACAAGCGGUCCAAAAUCAAGCGGGCAAACAUCGGGAUUCAGUGCAAACGGGACAAGCCGGAACAUCCGUUGACCGGAGUGGUUCCGCUGGAACCGUGUUCAAGGAUAGCCACGGCCAACCGAGACAUGAACUGUCAUCGGAAGGGCUUGGAUAACCUUAAAUACGGACGGUUUAUGCGAAUAGAGGUGCACCCGAAUGGUGGAGCAUCCGUCGUUCACAUGUACCAGGACGAAAUCAACGUCCUGUCGGAGACCGAGAUGGAGGAACUGGUGAACGAGUUCUUCGAGGUGUGCUUUGCCGAGGACGAAGACGGCUUCGCGGAUCACGUCAUGGGCAUCGUCCACAAUGCGGCCGAGUACCUCCCGGACCUGCUGGAACACAUGGCGGAGAACUAUGCCAAUCUGACGGUGAAGGCCGGUGUUCUAGGCCGAAACUCGGACAUUGAAACGUGCACCAUGUAUCAGUACAAUGAGCAGGUCGUGAAAAAUUAUUCCCACGGAACGGUGCGGUACGGACCGCUCCACCAAAUCAGUUUGGUUGGAAAAGUUCACGAGGAAGUCGGAGGCUAUUUCCCCGAUCUGCUGAAGCGUCUCGAGCAGAAUCCUUUCCUCAAUAAGGCCAUGCCAUGGGGGCAGCUGUCAAUUGUACAGAUGGAUCCGCGAUUGUCCAACGAUGGUCCAAUUUUGUGGAUCCGGCCCGGCGAACAGCUGGUUCCAACGGCUGAAAUCAACAAGACGCCGAUGAAGAGGCAAAGGACUCGUAUCAACGAGCUGCGCAACUUGCAAUACUUACCUCGACUAUCGGAGGCUCGCGAAACGAUGAUCGACGACCGCACCAAGGCGCACGCAGAUCACGUCGGCCACGGCCACGAUCGAAUGACAACGGCCGCCGUUGGUGUCCUCAAAGCCGUCCGCUGUGGUAUCCCGGACGAGCUGAACCGAAUCACCAAGGACGUGGUAGCAUUCGAUGCGCACUGCUUCCCCCAUCUGGUGGAAAAGUUGCAGCUGGAUUUGCACGAACCGCCGAUCUCGCAGUGCGUCCAGUGGGUGGAGGAUGCCAAGUUGAAUCAGCUGCGGCGCGAGGGAAUCAAGUACUCGCGGAUAUCGCUGUACGAUAACGAUAUCUACUUCCUGCCGCGAAACAUUAUCCAUCAGUUCCGAACGGUGACGGCGGUUACCAGUAUCGCGUGGCAUUUGCGGUUGAAGCGGUACUAUCCGGAUCAGGAGAUUGUCCAGGAGAUUGCCAAUGGGUAUGAGGUGGACCCACCGCACUACAAGGAGAAGCAGACGAUUCUGCCCCAUCCGAUCUCGGCGCUGGCGGAGGAGAAGAAGAACACUCCGGUCAAGCGGACGCACGAUGGCAAACCAAAGAAGGCGGAGAAGAAGGAUUUGGGAGUGGUGCCGCCGGCGGCGGCGGCAGCGAUUGCUGUUGUGGUGGAAGAGGUGAAGCAGGAGCAGGAGAAGCUGGAGAAAGUGGAAGUUGAGAAGCAGGGGCUGGUGGAGGCCAAGAUUGAUAUGCGAAAGCUGGUGAGGGAUGAUAAGCCGUUGAAGAAAAGCAGCGCGAGUCAUAAGCAUUCAUCGACUUCGUCGUCGUCUUCUUCGCAUAAGCAUCAUAGCGGAAGCGGAAGUAGUAGCAGUAAGAAGGAUAAGCAUCGUUCCAAUGGAGAGCGAGAUAAGGACAAGGACAGGGAUAAACCACGCGAUAAGGACAGGGACCGGGAUAGAGACAGGGAGAGGGAGAGGGAUCGGGAACGGGACAAGCAUCGCCAUCAUAAGCAUCAUUCCUCUUCGAGCAAGUCGUCAUCCGGUUCUUCAUCGAAGCAUGCGACGAGCGAGGAUCGAAAGCGGAAGCUAUCGUCGUCCUCUUCGGAGCGCCAUCCGCACAGUGCUAGUAGCAGUAGGCGAGAAUCGACUUCGAGUGUGACGAAGGACAAGGAUAUCGCUGCUGGUCUGGUACCGGUGGUUCCCUCUGUCGCAGCCGAAAUCGAAAUUGACAAUGUUGGCCAAGUGCUUUUGGAAGAUACAACGAUCAAUAGCAAUUACGAGUCUGUGAUAAAUUGUAAUGACGAAGCCAAGCUUACGGUCGCCAUGGAAACAACCAUCUCUGCUGAAGGGGAUGAGAUCAGUACCGAAACGUUGCUAAUGCUGAAAACGGAGGAGGAAAUCAUAACCACUACCAUUGUGGAUGACGAUCAACAUUUGAAUGCAUCCGACUCGGUUGAGUUCCAGAUUGAACCUACGCCACCUUUUCCGCCUCCACCACCGCCACCCGCCGAAGUAGCCCCACCGUUGCCACCCCUACCACCAUCCGCACCAAUCCCAGAAAUCCCCACCAAAGGUACGUACAUCUAUCACAGUACCGACGAACAUAGCCCGGCGACGCCAAAGGUGAAGAAGAGUAUUCAUCUGUCGUCGUCGUCGGCGGCGGCGGCGAAACCCGUCGUCAGCACAGCAGCAACACCUUCCAAAAAGUCCAGUGAUCUGCUCAGCUCCAUCAUGGCAAGUAUGGAGAGCACACCGAACCGCAAUGCAAGCAAUUUCUAAGCUUACUUCGUUUGUUUCCGUUUCGUCUAUUGUUCUUUCGCUAUCAUAAGUUCAAACGUUCCUCGUUCUCUCUUGAUGUCCACUAGCACAUUCAAUUUUCCUAGCACGCGGUCGUCUAUCUGUUUAUUUCCGACAAAGGAGAAAAGUUGUGCUUACACUUUAUACUUAACUAAAGAGAAAAGUGUGUGUAUAUUAAGAUGUAAUGUUUAGAUAAUCAGUUGUAAGUUAAAAUUGGACACAUAUUUUAUCAAUUCGUCAACAGUAUUUUUAGUGUGUGUGUGUUUUAGGCGCAGCCGCCUACCAAACAAAAGACCCACAAAAAAGUUGUCGCGCAAGCGCCUAAAGUACAGCAACAUUGUUUAAAUAGCUCUGUAGAUAACUGUAAAUACAAAUAAAUGUUAUCAACAUCCACUUGCACAGCUUUUCUACCUGCGCGGAUCGAAAAAAAAAACAACAAAAACAAAAAUCUGAAAAGAUACACAACAAAAACGGAUCACACUGCCACCUUUCUUCAAAAAUUGUAAAAACAAGCAAAAACAAAGCAACUGACGAGCAAAUAUUAAGAAAUCACUCCCUCAAAAACAGAAAACAAAAAGUUCCCCGGAACAUGCUCUCAUGUCGGUUUGCCAUUGACGAUCUCCUCCCAAUCAAUUGUUAAGGAACCCCAACCGUACAUACAAGUGCGUUUGGGAAUAGCUGCGGAAUCUUUCCUUUAUCUAGUAGUGUGUAGAAGUGCGACGAGUCCUAUCGAAAUUCAUAUUUACACGCAUACUUCACACCAUACAACACACACAUGGACCUAAUAGGGUGCCGUUUGGUUUUCACAAAUUUUCGAAAUUUGAAAUUCGUACGUUUUUUUUUUUUUAAUCAUUAAAGAGAAACCUUACAGUUUGCAUUUACAAUAUUACAAUUAAAUUGAAGUGGUAAUUGAACACAGUAUCACUCUUUAUUAACGAAAUUUUCAGCCUGGGGCUGGUUCAUCAAGGAAUUAUUGAUGUUUUGACAAUAUUUUUUACUGAUAAACGAUUCAAUUUACAACCAAUUUGGUAUAGACAGCAUACUUACUUAUCCCUGUUUCAUCUGUGUGCUUUUAUACGUCUUUAUUUACACUAGGUUAUAAGCCUGAAUCCUAGAAAACUGCUUUGAAGUUGAUUAUUGUAUUAUUUCACGUUUUUUCAAAACAUCCAAGCGCUUCUGUUUCAAACGCGUAUGUUUCUCAUUGUAUGAAAAAAAAAAAAAAAUAACAGACGAACCUUAGCUUUCGAGACUUGUGGAAACACAAGCCACCCUAACAAGCCCAAUCACAGUCACGUAUUGUUCUAUAUUUUCGGUGAGUAAUAUUGCGCAGUUCCCACCCAACUGGACCCCUUUAGCAGUUAGUAUAAGUGCGGGAUCGUGAAUAAAACUGCGAUUUUGCAUCGAAUUGUUUCGGUGUCUUCUGCGCACUUAUCCAGCACUUUGUAAUGCAUAAGUGCGCAGAAGACACCGACACGAUUCGAUGCAAAAUCGCAGUUUUAUUCAUGAUCCCGCACUUAUACUAACUGCGAAAGGGGUCCAGUGGGGUGGGAAAUGCGCAAUAUACAUACACACACAGACAAAAAAAAAACUCACUGAAGCGAGGUGUGAAAUCAACAGGCAAAUUUCGCUCUACUUAGAAGAUAAAAAUUAAGAAGCAGAGCACAUGCUAUUGCAAAGUUUAGGAGGAACGAUAACUAGCGAUUAAGUCCAAACAAACAUUUAAAGUUGAUAAGUAGAUCUAUAGAGCCAACAAGAGCAUAAUAUUCAAAAUCACUGAAUAUAGGAGAAUGUUACUUUUCCUUUCAGUUUGAAGAUCUGUUAAGCGUCGGCUAACAAAUUUGUCGCAUGUAAGUCCCAUUUAUUAGGUAAAAGUCGUAACAGUCUUCUACAGAGGCAAUUGCGAUGUUCAAUCGUUGCGCCCCUCCCGGACUCAACCCUUUAUCGUUUGGUCGAUCAAAGACGGUCGCUGUAACAUUUAAGCUUCUCGGUAAGUUAAAUUAUUAUUUGAAACAGAAGCUUAGGCUUUUCUAUCAAUAGUAUGCAUACACAUAUAGAUGAUACUGUUGGUCUAAAAUAACUUAUUAAGAUCGAUAUUUUUCCUUAUUGGUCUCAAUCCGCUUUGAUAUCUUGUCCAACUAAUAUAGAUAUUUGCUCCACACAGAGAAAAACCCUUUGUUCAAAUCGGCUGUUUUGUCACUUUUUUAUUUAGCGCUUCCGUGUUGUUUGCUAUGGACCACAUUUUAUUUAUACUAAAUUGAAACGACAGCAACUAUUACCCCCAUCCAAACAAGUAGAGAUUAGCGCGCGCGUCGUCGUCGUCGUAUGUAUAUUUUAUUAUGCAAUUUAAACAAACUGAGUAAGAAUUUAUCUCUAUCCACAAUCCGGUUAAACAGAACAAGUAAAACCAACAACACACAUCUGUAAAUUGUAAGAGAGUAAACAUAAUGAAAAACAAUAAAAAAGAAUACUGUUUGCACAGUAUUAAAGGUGUAAGAGAAAACUUAGAA